CUUCUCUGCACUCUUUCUAGAAUCUAAACAUCUUUUUAUAUUGUGGAGACUAGAAUUGGAUGCAGUUUUCUAAGUGUGGCCUUAUUUAGGCUUUGUAAAGCGGUACUAUAACUUCACAUGAUCUUAAUUCCAUCUCUCUAUUCAUGCAGUUUAGGAUUGUAUUGGUUAUUUUGGCUUCUUCAGGGAGGGGGAUGUCCCUCCCCCAUGGAAUUGGUUGUGAAGUCUGACUGCUUGGGCCUUAGUGCCACAGAGCAAAAAGGAGUUUUGUGUGGAGGUAGGUAAAGAGGAUAGUUUCAGUCUAAUCUGAAUGGGAUGUUUCUGUUUGUGUGCAUGUGUAUGCAACUACUUUUACAAAAUGAGCAAUACAAACAUGCUGGACAAAUUUCUGUCCCAUCAGACAGAAGUCCAAGGUGUUCAGAACUUGCUGCGCCAACCACUCCUAAAUGCAAUCUCUACAUUGAGUCCGUUUAACUGAACACAACAUAAGUGAGAGAAGGAAAACCUUACAAUGAAUUUCCACCCUCCCACCAUAAUCUUUACAACUGUCUUCUGGGGACUGAAAAGAGUCUUAAGUCAUUACUUGUCCAACUUUGGCCGGCCCCCUCAGGCCUAGGAAGCAGGAGGGGGUAGGAGAACCACUUCCAAAACCCCUUUCAAUGGAAACUUCAAUGCCAGGCAUCAAGAUUGACCCAAAGGCACCAAAAACGAACCUGAGUAGCGUCAUGUUUCACUAUUUCACUUGGCUCAGUUGCAAAGGUCGGUUGCUAGGAGUCGAAAAGGACCAUGGAAUCACUGAAAACAUCUUCCAAAUGCCUCGGUGGAGAUUAGACACGCGUGUUUUUCCACUUCCUGGCGCUAGAUGGCGGUCAGGCAACAUUCUGUCCCUAAAAAGCCAUCACCGCAUUAGUUCCAUCCGGACUUGAGCUUAAAAAGGGAGUUUUUAAACCAUUGAAUACUGCGUUGCUAGAAAGAAUGGCAGGAGAGGAGGAGAGAAGCGCAGAGCAAUUUCCUCUUCCGGAUCACUCAAUGGUCGGCUCUUCUCCGGAUCAAAGCAGCAGCUGGAAGACAAAAGAGGAAGCCAAUAAGAGCAGUCUGGGCAACUGAGGAUAACAAGCAACCUCGAACAGCAAAGCAAGUCAGUCCAGAAAUCAAAAUAUUUUCCAUUUCCAUUACAACCACACAAUUCUUCACCAUCCUCGGCACGUGAGAGAGAAAUGAGAAAAUUAAGAAGAGAUUUCUAGCUGGGAAAAGCAGUGUGUGAAAUUCAAGCAUACAUUAUAUGAUGGAGAUUAUUUUCCCAUUCCGCAAAAGAGGGAAAUAGCUCGAAGUUACUGUGGAGGAAAAGGUCAAUUGAAAAGCCACGUAGGGCAGACAGUGUUGCAGGCCUCACUCUGGGAGGAAGAAAGCAGCUUGAAUCAAAGCACAACUAAACAAGGCACCAUCCAUAUUUUUGACCUCCUCAAGAAUAUAAGUUGUGAAAAAGCUCCAUAACGUUCCUGUUGUGGGAAAUAUACAUCUUGAAAAUCACAGCUGAUUAUGCCUGAGAAGAUCCAGACUGGAGAAAUGCCAUACAAAUACUUUGAAUCUGGCAAAACCUUUGGUCAGAACAACUCCAUUGUGUUCCAUGGAAGGACCCACACAGGAAAGAUGCCCUACAAGUGCUCCCAGUGCAGUAAAUGCUUUAGCGAGCAUGGCAACAUGGACUCACACCAAGGAGAAACCGUUUGAAUGUCCUGAUUGUGGAAAAUGUUUCAGUAACAAUUACAACCUGGUGACACACCAGACAACUCACAUAGGAGAGAAACCCUUUGAAUGUUUUGAUUGUAGAAAAAGUUUCUCUAAUGCUUCCCAGUUUGUGAUACACCAGAGGGAUCACACAGGAGAGAAACUCUUUGAAUGUCCUUAUUGUGGUAAAAGUUUCAGUCACAAUUCCAGUUUGGUGAAACACCAGAGGACUCACACAGGAGAGAAACCCUUUAAAUGUUCUAUCUGUGGGAAAAGUUUCAGUCAGAAUUUCACCCUGGUUCAACACCAGAGAAUUCACACAGGAGAGAAACCCUUUAAAUGUCCUGACUGUGGGAAAAGUUUCAGCCAGAGUUCCAACCUCAUUGGCCACCAGAGGACUCACACAGGAGAGAAACCCUUUAAAUGUCCUGACUGUGGGAAAAGUUUCAGUCAGAAUGCCAACCUCAUUGGCCACCAGAGGAUUCACACAGGAGAAAAACCCUUUGAAUGUCCUGAUUGUGAAAAACGUUUCAGUCAGAAUUCCAGCCUGAUUCAACACCAGAGGAUUCACACAGCAGUGAAACCCUUUGAAUGUCCUGACUGUGGGAAAAGUUUCAAUUAUAAUUCCAGCCUGGUUCAACAUAGGAGGAUUCACACAGGAGUGAAACCUUUUAAAUGUCCUGACUGUGGGAGAAGUUUUAGUCAGAAUUCCAGUCUGGUUCAACAUCAGAGGAUUCACACAGGAGUGAAACCCUUUGAAUGUCCUGACUGUGGGAAAAGUUUCAGUCAUAAUUCCACCCUGAUUCAACACCAGAGGACUCACACAGGAGAGAAACCCUUUAAAUGUCCUGACUGUGGGAAAAGUUUCAGUCAUAAUUCCAGCCUAUUUCAACAUCAAAGGACUCACACAGGAGAGAAACCCUUGGAAUGUCGUGAUUGUGGGAAAUUUUUCAGUCAGAAUUCUAGUAUGGUUAAACACCAGAGGACUCACACAGGAGAGAAACCCUUUGAAUGUCCUGAUUGUGGGAAAUGUUUCGGUCAGAAUUCCACACUGAUUCAACACCAGAGGAUUCACACAGGAGAGAAACCCUUUGAAUGUCCCGAUUGUGGGAAAUGUUUCGCUCAGCAUUCGAGCCUGUUUCAACACCAGAGGACUCACACAGGAGAGAAACCCGUGGAAUGUCAUGAUUGUGGGAAAUGUUUCAGUCAGAAUUCCAGUCUGGUUAAACACCAGAGGAUUCACACAGGAGAGAAACCCUUUGAAUGUCCUGAUUGUGGGAUAGGUUUCAAUCAGAAUUCCAGCCUGGUUCGACACCAGAGGAUUCACACAGGAGAGAAACCCUUUGAAUGUCCUGAUUGUGGAAAAAGUUUUAGUCAUAAGUCCAACCUGGUUCAACACCAGAGGACUCACACAGGAGAGAAACCCUUUGAAUGUCCUGAUUGUGAAAAAUGUUUCAGUCAGAAUUCUAGUCUGGUUCAACACCAGAGGACUCACACAGGAGAGAAACCAUACAAGUGUCCAUACUGUGGGAAAGAACUUAGUAGUAGGGUUAACCUUCUAAAUCAUGUGCAUAUGCACACAGGGAGAAACCGUUUUAGUGCCCCAAGUGCAGACGGUGCUUCAGGAAACAUUCCACCCUUAUCACACACAGGAAAAUCCACAUGAUGCCCAAAGUGAUAAGUGUAGAGAAAAAUUGAAUUUGCCCAUUGUAAGUCCAGCUGAGAAAUUGACUGUUUACAUUGAUUAAAUUAAAUAGAAUUUGGCUGACUUUUUUAGGCAAAUAUGUAAUGGGAUUAGAUGGGGAAGAGGAAAGAAAAAGUUAGAACAUAUUACUUUGAUAAUGGCUAUCUGACCUUCAGCAUAAGAAGUUGUUGGAUAUUUAUUUUUGUAGAAAUUGGGCAAUUAUGUAAAAAUAUUUUGGGGAGUGCAUUUUUGUGAUGGUAGAUGAUAGAUUAUUUGUUAAGAGAUUGUGGUUCUCCAUAUAAGGAGAAAACAAGAGGAGAAGGGAAGUAGAAGGUAUUUAAUAUUCUUUUCCUAACAGUUCCAGAAAUUCAGUGCACCAAGCAUGUCUGCUCAGAUUGUGUCAAGCAUGAGGCACGCAAGUGGAAGAAACAUGUGAAUAACAAAUAUUGGGGGAAUUUGGGGCAGUGAAAAAAGCAGUGUAAAAUUUCAGGUAUAAAGGCUGUUCUGACCUGCAGGUGAUCUUCAUGGUUCAAAGGCCAUAAGAAACAAUUGGAUUGAAAUAUAUCAGUUGCUACAUAUUCCUUCUCUCCCCAGAUUAUAUUCCAUUGGUGGUAUAUGCUUUAAAACGGGUUCUCCGUCAUUAUUAGGGUUGACUGGGUGUGAUUUUAUGGACACCUUUUUUUGAUACAAUAUGAAACUCUUUUGCCACUGCUGUCUUCUGUGAUUUUUUUUUUUACCAAGCAAACAAACACAGGAUUUCCUAGUGGUGCACAAUCCAUUUAUUAUACUGGCAGAACUGUUCUUAAACUAGGAUUUUUUUUUUUUUAAUAAUAGCUCUCUUUGGGAUGCUCCAUUUUAUAAACCAUCCUUGCUUACCACUUACUACUCAGCCUUCAAAAUUACACUGGAAAAGUUGACUUACAAGUGUUGCUCAAAGUUGUGGCCAUCAUAGUUAUUUAAGGGACGCACUGGCUUGUAAUUGCGAUAGUUGCAGUGUCCCACAGUCAUGGAAUCUCCAUUUGGAACCUUUACAAUUGGCUUCCAACAAACAAAAUUGACAGGCAGUUGCAAAUCACACUCAUGGUACAUUGCACUAAACAGAACAUGGUGAUUCACUUAAUGAACACAGCACAACAAUACUGAAAAGAAAAUGACUGAUGACUGUUUUUCACAUGACCAUUGCAGCAUCGCCAUGCUUGGGAAAACACCCAUAUUUAUGAUAGAGUCAUGUGAUUCUCUUUUGUGACCUUCUGACCGGCAAUGUCAACAGGGAAGCCAGAUUUGUUUAACAACCAUGUGACUAACA